AUGGAUAGGUCUAUACGCGCUCCGCGCGUAAGAGCGUUCUCACGCAAGACUCGUACCGGCUGUCUCACGUGUAAGAAACGACACAAGAAAUGCGACGAGGAGAAACCCACUUGUAAGAGAUGCAAGGAUGGAGGGUAUGUUUGCGAUGGAUAUACGCCCCAAUCAAAGGCUGUCACGACAAAGACGCAGAGCCGCUCUCUGCCAAUUCUGGCUGCCAAGGUGUCGACUCCGGCGGUGCCUCUGCUACCGGGCGAUACGCUCGAGUCGAAUUACUACGUUUACUUCUUCUCUGAUAUCAUCAACCAGUUGGAGAUCACACCGUAUCUGAACAGGGAGUUCUGGAAGAGGAAUAUUCUUGUUCCGAGUCAAAGUAGCGAAUGCGUUCGACAUGCGGUCCUGGCUUUGGGGGCGACGCAUUGGCAGUAUUCAGUGCAGAACCAAUCAUCCGCGGCGUCGCUUGAUCGAUUCGUUUUGAAGCAUUACAAUGAAGCUAUUGCGAAACUCACAAGCAACCAAGAGUCGCCGCCGGAAAUGUCAACGGUCUUGACGUGUUGCAUAUUAUUCGUUAUUCUUGAGAGUCUCCGUGGGGACUUUGGCGAAGCAGUUCGACAUCUCGAGUCCGGGACUAGAAUCCUGACAAACCACGUCCCAAAAACAUACUUCCCCAACCGCGAUUUCGAAGAACUAGCUGCAAUAUUUCACGCAAUCGCCGCCCAAGUCGCCAUCUUCUCGCCCGAGCGUGUCUUUCCCGACGUGACGCAUCUCUUAAUGCCAGCGGGGGAAAAGCAGAAGAGAAUCGAGGGAGAAUUCAGAAAUCUUGAUGAAGCAGAAGAUGUCAUGAAUCAGUUUGACGACAUGGUGUCCCAUAUUUCCUGGGAUCUUGAUCAGGAAUGGGAGAAUGAAGACUCAGAGUGUAAUACGCAAUGGUCGAUGUUACAAGAGAACGUACAAACUUGGAAAUGCCAGUUCGACAUUCUCGUGAAGAAGUUGUCAGCUGGCAAAGAGCCUAUUGACAGCGAAAAGGUUCUUAACCUGAGGAUACAGCAUAAACUUUGGGAACUUCUCAUUGAAGAACAAUCCUGCGUUGACGAAGACGUCGAAGCUCAUCUUGAUCCCGCUGAGUGCAACAUUCUGCUUGAUCAACUGGAAAAGUUAUGGUGUAACCCAUCCCGACCACGCUUCGGUCUCAAAAUCGACCUUACCGCCGCUCUAUUCCAACUCUACGUGUACUGCACGGACGAAAAUGUUCGACACAGGAUUAUCUUCAUGCUGAGAGCGCAGAGCAGGAGGGAGAUCAUCUGGGACAGUGGCCAGUUAGCGGAUUUUCUGGAAAACGACAUGGUGUUGCGAGCUGUUGGGCUACAGACGGAGCGAUGGCCUGAGAUAGGACCCUCAGCUAAUGACGGAGCAUUGUUGGUGUUUCGCCCAAAGAGCUCAAGGGAAAGCUCCGAAUCUUAA